GGCCCCGCCGGCCGGAGCCCCCAGCGCCUGCCGCCGCAGCGUCGGGGCGCUGGGCGCGCGGGCAGCCGCGGAGCGAGCGGACCCGAGCGGGCGGCCGGGCACUCGCCCGCCCGGUGCCACCGCCGCCGCCGCUCCGGAGCGCAGGACCGGGCACCGCCGGCGCCCGCCGCCGCCGCCGAUGCGGCCUGGGCACUUUUAGCCGGGCGGGAGGGCCGGAGAGCCGGGCCGCCGAGAGCAGCGAGCGAGCCGCGCCGAGAGCCGCGCCGACCCGCCGCGAGCAGGGACGGACGCCCGCCCGCCGCCGCCGCCGCCGCCGCCCGGCCGCUAUGGAUCUAUUCGACUUUUUCAGGGACUGGGACUUGGAGCAGCAGUGUCACUAUGAACAAGACCGUAGUGCCCUUAAAAAAAGGGAAUGGGAGCGGAGGAAUCAAGAAGUCCAGCAAGAAGACGAUCUCUUUUCUUCAGGCUUUGAUCUUUUUGGGGAGCCCUACAAGGUAGCUGAAUAUACAAACAAAGGUGAUGCACUUGCCAACCGAGUCCAGAACACGCUGGGAAACUAUGAUGAGAUGAAGGAUUUGCUAACUAACCAUUCUAAUCAGAAUCAUCUAGUGGGAAUCCCAAAGAAUUCUGUGCCCCAGCCUCCCAUCAACAAAAACGAGCCAAGCUUUCUCCCCGAGCAAAAGAACCGAAUGCUCCCACCUCACCAGGAUAACACUCACCCCUCGGCCCCAAUGCCUCCGCCUUCUGUCGUGAUACUGAAUUCCACUCUAAUACACGGCAACAGGAAAUCAAAAGCUGACUGGCCACGGGAUGGUCAUAACGCUAGCCUUGUACCAGCCAGCCAGGCCAGUAGCCAGCCAAACAAGAUGCAGCUGCCUGCGCAAGACCAGCCCCAAGCCCGACUGGAAGACUUCUUCGUCUACCCGGCUGAACAGCCUCAGGUCGGGGCCACCGAAGAGUCAAACCCAUCUGCGAAGGAAGACAAUAGCCUCAAGUCCAGUGGAGGGGAUGCUUUCAAAGAAAUCUUUCAGUCCGUCUCGCCAGAAGAAUCUGAAUUUACAGUGCACGCUCCUGGGUCUCCCCUAGUUGCCUCCUCUUUGUUAGCUCCCAGCAGUGGCCUUUCGGUUCAGAACUUUCCACCAGGGCUUUACUGCAAAACAAACAUGGGGCAGCAAAAACCGACCGCGUAUGUCAGACCCAUGGAUGGCCAGGACCAGGCUCCGGACAUCCCUCCGACACUGAAACCUUCCAUUGAAUUCGAGAACAGCUUUGGGAAUCUGUCAUUCGGAUCACUGUUGGAUGGAAAACCCAGUGCGGCCAGUUCAAAGCCCAAACUGCCCAAGUUCACGAUUCUCCAAACAAGUGAAGUAAGCCUUCCCAGCGAUCCAAGCUGUGUUGAAGAAAUCUUACGGGAGAUGACCCAUUCCUGGCCUGCUCCUCUCACUGCCAUGCAUACUUCUGGAAACUCUGAGAAGAACACACUUUCCAUCCCAGGACAGGAAUCCCAACAUCUGACCCCAGGAUUCACCUUACAAAAGUGGAGCGACCCUACCGGCAGAGCUUCUACAAAGUCAGUACCGCUCGAGUCGAUGCUUGAGGACGACUUGAAGCUGAGCAGUGAUGAAGACGACCUUGAGCCGGUGAAGACCUUGGCCACUCAGUGCACCGCCACUGAGCUCUACCAGGCUGUUGAAAAGGCAAAACCUAAGAACAAUCCUGUGAACCCGCUCUUGGCCACUCCUCAGCCCCCACCUGCAGUGCAAGCCGGCGGGGGCUCCGGCAGCUCCAGUGACUCUGAGAGCAGCUCCGAGUCAGACUCUGACACUGAAAGCAGCACCACUGACAGCGAGUCCAAUGAGGCGCCUCGUGCGGCCACGCCAGAGCCUGAGCCGCCCUCAACCAACAAGUGGCAGUUGGAUAAAUGGCUUAACAAAGUGACUUCCCAGAACAAGUCGUUUAUUUGUGGCCAAAAUGAAACGCCCAUGGAGACGGUUUCUGUGCCUCCUCCAAUCAUCCAGCCAAUGGAAGUCCAGAUCAAAGUGAAGACAAACCCCAGCCAGGUCCUGGCUGAACCCAAAGAGAGGCCUCUCCUCAGUCUUAUCAGGGAGAAAGCCCGUCCACGGCCUACCCAGAAAACUCCAGAAACAAAGGCUUUGAAGCAUAAGUUGUCAACAACUAUUGAGACAGCUUCUCAAAGGACAAUUGGAAAAAAACAGCCCAAAAAAGUCGAGAAGAACACCAGCAUUGACGAGUUUACCUGGCCCAAACCAAAUAUUACCAGCAGCACCCCCAAAGAAAAAGAAAGCGUGGAGCUUCCUGAUCCACCAAGAGGCCGCAACAAACCAUCUGCCCACAAACCAGUCCCUAGGAAGGAACCAAGGCCGAACAUUCCCUUGGCUGCUGAGAAAAAGAAGUACAGAGGGCCUGGCAAGAUCGUGCCAAAGUCCCGGGAAUUCAUCGAAACGGAUUCGUCUACAUCUGAUUCCAACACAGAUCAGGAAGAGACCCUGCAGAUCAAAGUCCUGCCCCCUUGCAUUGCUCCCGGGGGCAAUUCUGCCAAAUCGAAGGAAACUUGUGGUGCCAGCCUGACCCUCAGCACCUUGGUCAGCAGCAGCAGCAGCAGCAGCAACAUAUCCGUCAAUAGUGAGGAACCAGCUUUUUCGCCCAUCCCUGUCAUGCAAACGGAGCUUCUGUCCCCUCUACGAGAUCACGAGAAUCUGAAAAAUCUCUGGGUGAAGAUUGACCUUGACCUGCUGUCUAGAGUACCCGGUCACAACGCACUGCAAGCAGCACCAGCCAAGCCAGACCCCAAGGAGACUGCGCCGAAGCCCAAGCGCCAGACCGCUGCUGCAGCUGUGGAAAAACCCGCCCCUAAGGGCAAGCGUAAGCACAAGCCAACGGAAAUUGCAGAGAAAAUUCCCGAGAAGAAGCCACGUCUGGAGGAGGCCGCCACCGCUAUCUGCCUGCUGCCCCCAUGCAUCUCACCAGCCCCACCCCACAAGCCUCCCAACACUAAAGAGAACAAUUCAUCCAGGAGAGCAAACAGAAGGAAAGAAGAAAAGCUGUUUCCUCCGCCACUUUCCCCACUGCCAGAGGAUCCUCCACACCGUAGAAACAUCAGUGGCACCAAUGGUCCCUUUGGUCAAGACAAAAACAUCCCUGUGAUUGGACAGAUCACCUCUACCAAACCUAAGAGGAGUGAAGGCAAAUUCUGUGCUACUUUCAAAGGGAUAUCCGUAAAUGAUGGAGACACUCCAAAAAAGACCGCGUCUGCCACCGUCACGGUCACCAACACUGCUAUUGCCACUGCCACUGUCACUGCUACUGCCAUUGUCACCGCCACUGUCACAGCCACUGCGACCGCCACUGCCACAGCCACUACCACAACCACUACCACAACCAUUUCCACCAUCACAUCUACCAUCACUACUGGCCUCAUGGACAGCAGUCACCUGGAAAUGGCAUCCUGGGCGGCCCUGCCCCUUCUGUCCAGCAGCACCACCAACGUCCGGAGACCCAAGCUCACUUUUGACGACUCGGUUCACAAUGCUGAUUAUUACAUGCAAGAGGCUAAGAAGCUAAAGCACAAAGCUGACGCACUGUUUGAGAAAUUUGGCAAAGCCGUGAAUUACGCCGACGCAGCCCUGUCGUUCACCGAAUGCGGCAACGCGAUGGAGCGCGACCCUCUGGAAGCCAAGUCUCCGUAUACCAUGUACUCUGAGACCGUGGAGCUCCUCAGGUACGCAAUGAGACUGAAGAACUUUGCAAGCCCCCUGGCUUCGGACGGGGACAAAAAGCUGGCAGUAUUAUGCUACAGAUGUUUAUCACUUCUCUACUUGCGGAUGUUUAAGCUGAAGAAGGACCAUGCCAUGAAGUACUCCAGAUCACUGAUGGAAUAUUUUAAGCAAAAUGCUUCAAAAGUCGCUCAGAUACCGUCUCCCUGGGUAGGCAAUGGAAAGAACACUCCUUCCCCGGUGUCUCUCAACAACGUCUCUCCCAUCAACGCGAUGGGCAGCUGUAACAACGGCCCGGUCACCAUCCCCCAGCGCAUUCACCACAUGGCCGCCAGCCACGUCAACAUCACCAGCAACGUGUUACGGGGCUACGAACACUGGGACAUGGCCGACAAACUGACAAGAGAGAACAAAGAAUUCUUUGGCGAUCUGGACACACUGAUGGGGCCCCUGACCCAGCACAGCAGCAUGACCAAUCUCGUCCGCUACGUUCGCCAGGGACUGUGUUGGCUGCGCAUCGAUGCCCAUUUGUUGUAGUGGGUGCUCCCCCCAUGUCCAGCAUCACCACCCAUCACUCUACCUCUACCAGAGCACCAACGGUCACUGGUGGAACUCCACUCAUUUGGGAAAGUUCUCUUUGAUUCUGUUUGUUUUUACACUUCUUUUGAUACCUGUGAAAAACAGAAGUCAUUGUAAGUGGACACUACAACUUGAGAGCGGUAUAUGUUUUAUUACUUAGUCAUUUUUCAGUAUUUUGUAUGCAUUUCUCAGAUCCCACCAUCUUUUUGUGCUUGAUACGAUGACACAGUCCCUACAGUAUUGUUUUAAGACCACACUACCCAAAACAAAGAAUGGGAAAUACUUGUGAUGAUAACGGGUUCCUGAGAACUGAAAUGAGAUGUCAUAU